GGAUAUAUAUUUAAAUUCGGAUGCACUCCUGGUUGAACAUGAUUUAGAAAUUAACGAUUUUCCGUUCUAUUUUCAUUGGUAGUAUACCAAGUACAUAAAUGGAGUUAUGUAUUACCUAAAUUAAUUUGAUCACUGAUAUUGUUGACACAUGAAAUGAAAUUGGUUCUAUAAAAUAUGGUUACCCACUAAUACAUAACUUGUCCCAUUCCCAUUAAAUUGAUUACUAGUUAAUCUACUCCUAUUUUUCAUUUGGUCAUCAGAAAGAAACUUGACUCUAUAUUAAUACUGCACCAACUAUUUCAGAAGCGAAUAGAAGGACUAACAGGCUUAAAAAAUACACGCAUUUCAGAUAUUUAUAAUAAAUCAAAAUCAUGGACACAUUUCCAAAGAUGGUUUUUAAAUUUUUAGGAUACUUUCCAAUUCCAAUUCACAUAAACACCAAACCAAGAAAUUCAGUUUCAGCUAUUAUACCUUUGCCCGAUUUACACGAGAAGCCAUCUCAAUCUUCCUUCUGGGCUUCCAUUUUUCCCGUUGUAUUUUAUUCAUCUGUGGCCGUGUCCGUAAUUGCAGUUUUCUUCCUCGGCGAAGUAAAAUCCCAACCUUUGCAUGUUCGUAAGAGACAAAGCCAAUCCAACACAUUGUACAUGUCAGUCCUACUCAAGUCCAGUCUUCAUCUCGUAUGUGCUGUCGUUAUCAAAGUUGGAAUGUUUCUUGAAAGAAAGUCUUUGGCACAAUUGCACUCCGACAUUCACGCGCUGUCCGUUUCAUUAUGGAAUUUCAUUCGGAAUGAUGUCGUUGGUGGUGACGACGGUAUCAGAGCACCGAUGACGAACCGUCAUAGUAAAUCGUUUGUCUUUGAAGUUGCCAUAUUCAUGAUUUUAAUUGCGCUCGGAAUCAUAGAAGUCCAUUAUAACCUGAUUCUCGACCCUGCAGCCAGCAUUGGAUUUAUUUAUAUCUAUUGCACACCUGUCGCUCUGGGGUACUUGCAUUCUAUAUUUAGUUUUGUCGUGGUUUACUAUCUUAACUGGUAUUUGGAGUUGCUACUGCAAUUAAAGUUCGCUGUUACGGAAAAAUACAGGAAUUUCCCAAGUGUCGGGAAGGUUGAAGGGCAUGAAAAUGAUGAAAAUCCUGAAUUAAUAUUAAAUAUAUAUGCCUCAUUGGAGUCUCAGGUUCAAAAUUUUAAUCGAGUUUUUAAAUUUUGGAUCACCCUUGAUAUGAUUCAUAGUCUUUCGCGAGUUGUUUUUUCGGCCUAUUUCGUUUCUACUUCUAGUGCCAAUUCUCCAAGCCGUGUGGCUGUUAUGCAUGACUUAAUGACGAUUGGACUCUACUUUUACAUUAUAUAUUUGGUUUGUAAGAGGGGAUCAGAGUUAGAAAGUGAAAGUAAAGGUAUUGUCCGGGAUUUAAAAAUGCUAAUGAAUAUUAAGAAAGUACCAGUGUUUAAGAAACCUUGCCCUUUAUAUGUACAGACUGAUUUCUUUAAACUAAAUCUCAGGCUUGUAACACCGAUUGUUGGAACUGUCACAACGUACAUAAUUGUACUUAUCCAGUUUCAAGGGAACGGUUGAAAUUGAUAAGGAACUGAGAAAAACUACUUCAAUUUGCAUCGAUCAGGAAUUGCAAUUAGUUGCAUUAAUGCCGCCCUCGUUAUAUUUGAUUCCUCUUAUAAAAAUUAUUUAUGUACUUAUGACCGCUUCAAAUAUCUAAAUUUAGUACAUAUAUGCACCUGCUCAAGUAUUCCUGAUUCAGACAAUUUAAUGAUGUGCACAAGUAAAUACAUAGGUAUGACGUACCAUUAACCAGAUUAAAUAAAUUGGAAGUAUCAAUUGAAAAAAUAAA